GGUCCCCUGGUGUCCGGGUUGGAUUGGGGGGGGGUCUCUGCAGCCCUCAGCCUGCUGGAGGGGAUCCUCAGGGAUCCCUGGUUUGGGAAGCUGUGCUGGAGGGGAGCCCUGGGGGUCUCUAGACCCCCAGUUUGUGUUCCCACUGCUGGGAGGGGCUCAGGGUGCUGAUUGUGCUGGGAAUUCAAACCAGGUUUUGCCUUCCAGUGUUUGGGCUGAUGAGCCUGAGUGUGCACCGGGGUCACGGCCACUGGGUCCCUGUAUGCAGUGUGGGGGGCCCAAAAACCCAUGGGCCGUCACUAUGUGCCCCCCAGCUCAGGCUGUGCUGGGACCCCCUCCAGCAGCAAAGCCUGGGGGACAUUGGGGGUCUGAGCUGGAGCUGUAGACAUGGGGGACCCCAUAGCAGCUCCCACAGGGGAUGUUUUUGCUCUCUUGGUGAUGGGGAACACCCUGUGCCCCUCUCACACUACCAGUGCCCCCCACCCUGGUGGGGCUCCAAGCCCCAUUGAAACCCCAGGGAUAGGGAGGAAAGCAGCCCCCCCCGGCAUGUGGGGCUGUCCCAUACAGUCCUUGCAGCCCAUGGAAAUUCAGUGUGUGGGCGCAGGGCAGCCGGCGGUGCCGGGGCGGAGGGACCCCCCCACGGCAUUGCUGGGAUUCAUGCGGCCUCUGAACGGUGGGAUUGUCCCCUGGGUGCUUGUGGCCUCCCGCACCAGCACCAGCCUCGCCAGACCCACCAGGGUAGGAAUUUGGGGGCACUGGGACCCUCUGGCCGUGAAUUCAGCCCUGAGCGGGGUUUUGCAAAAGCAGUGGGGUUCAUCCGGCGCUCGGCUGUCUGCCGGUGCCCAAACCGCCCUCUUGCCUUCCCGGUUGGGUUGGGAAGGGAGCCCUUAACCACCGGCCCAGCCAGUAUCGCCAAUCCCAAAUCCUGCGAGGAACCAGUUGGGAACCUGUCCUGUAAUGAGGUGCCUCUGGAUACAGAGCCCGUCGCCGGCUGGGCUGGUAUAAAAGGCAGCGCCGGGACGCACGCCCGGCAGUCGGCUCCGGCUCUUGGCGAUGUGGGGGGGCUCCCGUGCUGGCUGGAAGAGGAGGUUCAGCUGCUAUGGUCCCUGGGAGACAGCGGAGAGCUGCGUGGUACCCACCUCCGCCAGCGUCUACCGGCGGCUGCAGGAGAGCCCGCGGCAGCCCCCGGGGGGCUUGAGCACCUGGGGACCCCCCCCAGCACCAGCCCUCUCCCCUGGUAGCCCCCUGGCAAGCGGGCGGCUCCUCAAGUCCGAAUCGGAGGACUCCGGGGUGGAGAUGGCCAGCAACGAGCACUCCCCCUGCACCCCCCUGGGCUCUGAGAGCAGUUUCUCCCUCGACGGCUUCCCCCCGGAGAAGAAGAGCCCCCCCAGAGAGGAGCCGGGCCCCGAGCCCCCCCGGACGCCCCGCAGCCGCUCGGGUAGCAAGAAGCUGCUGCAGGCAGCUCAGCGCAGCAAGAGGCAGCGGCUGCCCGGGCGCUGCCCACGGCUGCGGGGAGAACACGCGUGGGACCCCCGGGAGCAGGAGGAGCCCAGCACGGCGGACCCCGAGGCAGCGGCUGUGCCUGGGCAGGGGCUGCGGUACCUGGAGCACGUCUGCCAGAUGCUGGAGCGCCUGGCCCGGCUGCAGCAGGACAACCGGCUCCUCCGGCAGCAGCCCACUCGGGACCCCCCGGGACAAGAUCCCGCAGUGUGGAGGGGUGAGCGGUUCCGCCCGCGCUCCUGCUCGGACAGCCAAGCGCCAGCGCCUGACCCUGGCCCAUGCCGGAGGAUGUGGGGACACUCUGCCAGUUCUCCUAGCCUGCUGGACCCCCCCGAGAGUGGGGUGGGCGCCCCUGCAGCAGACAAGGACAGGCACUCGCACUGGGGCCGGGUGAAGGUUCUGCUCACCCGCCUGACCCGCCGCUCGCUGCGGGGGGGCCGGUGCAGGUAGGACCGGGGAGGGGGUCCCGGUCCCGCUGCCACCCCUGGAUGGAGGAGCCGCGCUGCACCUAUUGCGUCAUACCCCGCCCCGUGACGUCACGCCCACCCGGGGCCGGCCCCCGGCCCGGCGCUGCACCCCCCCUUCCCCCCCCACACCCCCCCCAAUAAAACCUUUUCACUGGAAAAGAGGCGGCUCAUUGCGAGACGAUGCGUUGUUGCGCGGUGACGUCACUCUCAACCCGGCGUGACGUCACGGCCGCAUCACUUCCGAGCGAGUUUCCAGCCCCUUUGUCCGCCCGGUCCGAGCGGCUGCCGCCCCCCACCCUCCCCGGGUCCCCCCCGAACCCCUUCCUGGGGCAUCCACUGACUUGGGCGGGGGGCUCAACCCCUUUCCCUCCCUUUCUACCGCAGGGAGGUGCUGUGGCAGCAUCCCGCUGCCCCACGGCUUCUACAACCUGCGCCUGGGCUGGCUGGACACCUUCCCCCGUGUCCGUGGUACCACGGCUGCAUCCCACUGCCUGACCCCGAGGAGGAUGCUGAGGAUGCUCUGGGUGAUGCUGAGCUCCUGCUGCGGAUGAAAGAGGAUGAAGGUGUGUGAAGGGUCCCUGUCAUGGGAUGGCCACAUCCUGACGCUGCCCCCACGGUCCUGAGUGGGACAGGCUGGGCUGGACCUGAGUGGUUACACAAAGCGGUGCUUGGAAAGGGCUGUGGAGAGAUGGAGAAGAUCCUGCUCUGGGUGACAGCUCCCAGCACCUUCUCCUCCCACCCAAACAGGGCAGUUUUUAGCAAGAAAUAGAGUCCCCUGAGCAGUCAUGGCUGCACAGAAGAGGAGCUCCUUGGUAGAUGUAGGGAUGCUGGGGGGUCUGGUGAAGAUUUUGGGGUGGGUGACGAGUUGUUCUUGUUCCAGGAACCCCCCUCUGCUGCCUCCAACAUCAUGAUGCUCAGCCUGUGGAAGUUACUGGAGAAAAUGGAGCAGCCACCUCAACCUGGAGAGCAAAAUCCAGGCUGGGGGCAAAACAAAAGGGAAAACUACAGUUUUGCACCUUCAAAUGGUGGGUUUGACCUGGGGACAAGCAACUGCAGAUACCAAGAGAGAGCUGAGCCCCGCCUGCCCCUUUCCCCGAGCACCCCGGACCAACCGUCGCUCCUAGAGGUACCUGCAGAAAGAGGCUGGAAAUAGGAAUUCCACCGAGUAACGUGAACCUCCCGAGAUGCUCAAUAAGCUCCAGAAGGUGCGGGGGGAGAGGGAGAACGCGGGAAUCGGUGGCAGGAUGAAUGAGCACAGCCCGUCCCCAUGUCCCCCAUCAAUAUCUCGCACCUGGGAUGGGGACGGGGAUGCUCUGGUGCCCCCCUGGCUGUGUCCCCACCGGCUUCCCUGCAGGUGAGCAGCCGCUGCGGUGACUCAGGGCUCCCUGGUGCUAUUCCUGGCUCACCACUGAUUCAUUACAUUACCUUGGGCAAGUCGUUUCCCUUUUCUUGUGUUCAUUCCAGCCACCUGUGAUGGGGAAAAUGCUGCGUAGCCCCCAGGCAAGAGCUCCUGAAUGGGGGGAUGCUGAACCCAAGCUCAGCACAAAGAGUUACUGGGGAGCACCGAGCUCUCCUCCCCGCAGCAGAGAUGCUGUGGUCCCUCCCCAGGGAUGAAAGAUGCAGCUAGCGCUGGGGGAGAGGGAUGCUGCUCCCAUCUAGGUCAGCAGGGAGGGCUUUAGCAUCCCUCUGGGCCCAGCUUUAGUCUAGCCUAGGGGAGAUGCCUCAGCUUUGUGGUGAUAAUAAAAACCAAGAUCUUUCUUGCUCGCCUUUCCUAACAAAAACCCCCACCUGAAGAGGGCCAAGAAACAAAAUAGAGGAUUCCCAUGGAAGCGGAAGGUAUGAACGGAGAUACUUGCAAACAGCCCCAGUUCAAAGCACCCUGCUGGUGUCUCCCAGUGCUCCCAGUACGUUGUUCUCCACCCCAGGCUCCCGACAAGCCGAGGCAGGAGCCAGCUGGCAGCCAGGACCCAGCAUGAGCCGAGCGAGGGACAUCGCGGCCAAGGACACAGAAAGCAAAGCUGCUUCUCUUCGGAACCCGCCAGUGGCAUUCGGGUUUCAAGGUCUCGUCCAAACAACCCACCCACAGUGAGCGGAGGGUUUGCGGGGGGGUGGGGAGAAGGGCCGGUGAGGUUUCUGCGGUGGCUCCAGGGUGUCUGGUUAUUUCGGCUGGAACAGGGAGCCCCGCGGCAGGCGAUGGCGAAGGGAACAGCGAGAACAGCAUCCCCAGCACCCACCAGGCCGGGCGCUUCGGCACCAUCUGGUAGGUGAAUCAGGCUGCAGACAACUCGCUGGCAGCUCCGUGGAGAGAGAGAAACCCCCCCCCCCAAAAAUCAGAGGUGAGAUGGAAACACGUGCUCCUUGCAGCCACCGCACCUGUGUCACCGCACCCGCUCCAAAAUCAAAAUACCAUAGGAAAAUUGCCCAGUAGCACGAGGCCUCACCCUGAUCCACCCCAAGUUCAAAGGUAGAUUACAUCCCAAAAACGCUCCUCUCCAGCCUAAAGAAAAGGGUGAGGGGAGAAGGGAGAUGGAGGAGGAGCAGAAGGAAGCGGGAGGAUGGAAACCGAAGCGGGCGGGGGUUUAUUUAGGCCAGCCCUUCCUGCAAAGCUUGGUGUGGAGCUGACGGAGCAGCCGCCUCUCUCUCUGCCACAAAGGAGCCUUCAGAUGAGCCUCGAGCAUCUCAGCAUCUCCAACAAGAUCCAACCCUGAGCUCAGGACCACAAACGCAAAGAGGCGGCGCGCCCAGAUGGAUAAAGCCACCAAAUUCCAGCACCUGAUGUAAAAGCAGGGCUUGAGCCUUAUUACAGGUACCAGCAGAUGCCAACCUGCUUUUCUCCCAGGACAAAGUCCAACACCUGCCCAAUGUCCCACCAUUCAAUAAUUGAAUUACUGCAUGUAAUGGCAUUUGGGCAGAGCUUUGCUGCACCUUACCUGUGUGUAACGCUCAGCUCGAAGAGCAAUUCCCCCCAAGGUGGGACCCAGAUGUGAGGAUGCCACCAAAGGGACACCUGCCAGAGAGGGGACAGCAUCUCACCUGCGCCCGCACCAGCGACUCAAAGCUGGGCUUGAAGUAAUCGAUGCGGCUGCUGUAAAAUUUGGGCAUUUCCUCCAGGAGCUGCUUGUUUUUGGCUUCGAAGUCCUCCUUCACCGGCCUCAGCUCUUCACGGGCCUGCGAAAGAAGAUGGGGGGUCAGAGAGCUGGGAAAAUGUCCUUACCUUGGGUAGAGCUGCACUGAGGCCACCCCAGGCCAGCGGAGUGACCCAAGGACAACCAGUGACCAGAUAAGAGAGCCUGGUGGAACCAAAUGACCAUCCAAUGGAGCCUGGUGGGGCCAAAUGACCAUCCAAUGGAGCCUGGUGGGGCCAAAUGACCAUCGGAUGGAGCCUGGUGGGACCAAAUGACCAUCGCAUGGAGCCUGGUGGGACCGAAUGACCAUCCGAUGGAGCCUGGUGGGACCAAAUAACCAUCUGAUGGAGCCUGGUGGGACACAAGUGACCAGAUAAUGGAGUCUGGUGGGGCGAAAUUACCAUCCAACGGAGCUUCAUGGGACCAAAUGACCAUCUAACAGAACCUGGUGGGACCCAUUGACCAACUAACAGAGCCUGGUGAGACCCAAGCUCUGACUCGGGACCAUGGGGAAACCCAUGGGACACCCAGAGAGGCUGCUAAAAUCACAAGCCAAUUGCUCUUCUGGGGGCAGAAUGGGGACAAAAACCAGCCUCAAAGCUCAGCCAGGCUGCAGAACAUCCCACCCACCUCGGUGUCCCCUGGCCCUGCCGUCCCCAAGAGCAUCGCCACAGGAUCCUGUCCCCAUCGUCAUUUUUGCCCGUGACCUUCAGCUCAGCGCGCCCAACUGGCUUCUUUAAACAGAAGCGUGGGGAGAAAGGGAAAUGUCUCCGAGAUGGUGUUGGAAAAGGGCAGGAGGGGGUGGGCUGUGAAAUAUUAGACCGGGCUCAAGUCUGCCACUUAAUCCCGGUGCCAUUCCGACGGGAGGGGGACACGGCGCCGGUCCCUGUCCCCGGGACGUCACUCCGGAGGGACGGCACGGACAGAGCUCUGGCCUGGAAAAGCCUUAAAUCAAACCAGGCUUAAUUAAGCCUGAGAGGCAAAUUAGCAAAUUCAAGGAGCGUUUAAACUCGUGGGGUGGGGUUCGCUGAGGGCAGAAGACUUGGAGCAAACAGCGCUGAAAUAAAAACUGCAAUAAAAAUACCUGGAUGAAA